AUGCAGUGGGAGAAGCAUGGCAUUGCAACGAAAAUCCAAGCAGCUCGCGCAGAGAGUUCCUCUGAAGCUGCUUCCCUUAACGGACACAAGGCUCUGACACCAAUAAUUGCUGGCAGCGUUUGUGGAGGUGUGCUGGUCAUUGCAUGGACUGUUUACCUCAUCUGGUAUCUACUCAAACGCCGAAAAACGGAAGAUCGGAAUCCUCCUAAAGAGAGCAAUGAGGUGGAACAAUACAUCAUGCCCCCAGAUCCAGCUAUCUUACAAAGAGGCACGGCACCCGACGAGCACGGCCCACGCAUAUCCGUCUAG